AUGUGGAAGGGUAAUAGACCCAUCCGGGACAACCUCUUCAAAUAUAAGAGAACUCUGACGGGGGGCUUCUAUGACGGCAGCGUCGAAACAUCCGCGCGCGCGGAGCGCGCGCUAGGAUGCGUCUCCCCUGCUCCGCAGGGGGACGCUGUUAAAUAUCUCUCUCAUCACCUUGACGUUUUGGCUCAAGACUACACCGAAGAGGAGGUAUGGGAAGCUGCUAUU